AUGAAAUAUAAUGAAGAAAAACAAGCCCAAAUCACUCCCCGAAAGUUUCUCCAAAAAAGAGGCGAAAACAAACAAUCUGUCCGAAAUUUCCCAACCAUCCUCAACGAGGAUAACAUUAAAGAGUUUGAAGAAGUCGCCCAAGAAUUAGAGCAACAUUUUCCCGGCAAAGGUCAAAAUGUCGGCACUGAUGCUCUGGUUUAUAAGAGAUUUAAAAUUAAUACUGACUUAUUUAUUGAAGCCGUGCGACUUUUUUACGACCAGUUCAAAAGAUUAGGUGGUUUUGGUGGUGGUUCCUUUGAACAAUUAUUUUCCUCGGUUCGUAUGGGCUUAUAUAGUGCGGUUGAUAAUUGUGUCCUCAGUCGAGCAGGUUUAAAUUACCCUGAUUUACAAAAUAAUCCUAGUCCUCGUUUACAAGCCCUCAAAAAAUAUCUUCAAAUAGCCUAUUUUUUACGAGUUCGCUUUCAAGUUUUAGACGCUUUUGUCCGCUCAGAUUAUAUACCCAAAGAUGUCCCGGUGGGAGUAGUCAGUGGCAAUCCUGAUGAUACUCCCGUCAAUUUAGAGGAAAUUCCUACCACUGAUGGUUUUCACCGCGACUAUGCCAAAGAACAACGAGAAAGAGAAGAAAGACAACGCCAGGAAGAAGAACGCCGCCAAAGAGAGAACCCCGAUUGA